AUGGCAAUCAGUCGCGAGUUUGUGAUUAAAGCCAACAAUCAGCAAUUACCGUACACCACGCUUCUUGCAUUGGCCGCUGGCGGAUUUUCCAUCGAAAAGACUAUCCAAUUAGCGGAUAAAUUGCAGCUUGUCUUGGACGGCGAGAAGAUUGAAAAUGAUGUGAUAAUUGCUCGAAUUAUUGCUCAAAGCUCCAAAAAGAACGAGGAACUUCUCGGAAAAAACAUUCAUGAAUUCGCCAAAAUCGACCAAUUAUUGAAUUUGUGCCAAGAUAUCGCAGUAAAUGCGAAGGAGGAAAGGCUGAAUGAUAUUCAGUUGGCUCCAUCCGGCCUCGCUGCUGCUGACAGGCUUACCCUAGCUGAUUACGCGAUCUUCUCAUUCGUUCAUAAUCAUUCUCAAUUGAAGAGUAAAUUCGCGGCAAUUAUUGAUAAGGUAGUGAAUGACGGUUCAUUGGCGGCUGCGCAUAGCCAAGUUGGAAUUUACAAGACCAAGACGGCCAACAAACCGCAGAAUAAUGCCGCCAAAGAAAAGAAGAAAGACGAAGGAAUGUUCGUUGAACUCCCGGGCGCCGAGAAAGGAAAAGUUGUCGUGCGAUUCCCGCCAGAGGCUAGUGGAUAUCUUCACAUUGGUCAUGCUAAAGCUGCAUUGCUCAACCAAUACUACCAGCAGGCGUUCGAAGGGCAACUUAUUAUGAGAUUUGAUGAUACGAAUCCGGCGAAGGAAAAUGCUCAUUUUGAGCAGGUUAUCAAAGAGGACUUGAAACUUUUGAACAUUGUUCCGGAUCGUUGGACUCACUCUUCAGACCACUUCGAACUUAUUAUGAGCAUGUGCGAAAAGCUCCUCAAAGAAGGAAAGGCUUAUGUUGAUGAUACGGACACUGAAACUAUGCGGAAGGAGAGAGAAGAGCGUGUUGAGAGCAAGAAUCGGAACAACGAUCCUGCCAAGAAUUUUGCGCUGUGGGAGGAAAUGAAGGCCGGAACUCCGAAAGGUUUGACGUGCUGUGUUCGCAUCAAGAUGGACAUGAAAUCGAAUAAUGGAGCCAUGAGAGAUCCCACCAUUUAUCGAUGCAAACCGGAAGAACAUGUGCGGACUGGAAACAAAUACAAGGUUUACCCGACAUAUGACUUCACUUGCCCGAUUGUUGAUAGUAUUGAAGGAGUAACUCAUGCUUUAAGAACGACCGAGUAUCAUGAUCGUGAUGAUCAAUAUUACUUCAUUUGCGACGCCCUUGGCCUUCGUCGACCAUACAUUUGGGAAUACGCCAGAUUGAACAUGACCAACACUGUUAUGAGCAAGAGAAAGCUCACUUGGUUUGUCGAUGAGGGACAUGUUGAAGGAUGGGAUGAUCCGAGACUUCCAACCGUGCGCGGUGUCAUGCGGCGUGGACUUACUGUUGAAGGAUUGAAGCAAUUCAUCGUAGCUCAAGGAGGAUCCAGAUCUGUUGUUAUGAUGGAAUGGGACAAGAUUUGGGCGUUCAACAAAAAAGUCAUCGAUCCAAUUGCUCCAAGAUACACCGCCCUUGACACUUCGGCUCCAUUGGUCACCGUUAACCUAUCCGAUAAUAUCACGGAUGAAGUAACCAAUGUUGCUCUUCAUCCAAAGAACGCCGAUGUUGGAAGCAAGGAAAUCCAUCGCGGAAAGAAAAUCCUCCUGGAACAAAUUGAUGCUGCUGCUCUCAAGGAAGGUGAAACUGUCACAUUUGUCAACUGGGGAAACAUCAAGAUCAACAACAUCGCUAAGAAGGGAAGUCUGAUUAGUUCAAUCGACGCUAGCUUGGAAUUGGACAACAAAGACUACAAAAAAACAACGAAGGUGACGUGGCUUGGAGAUGUGAAGGCCAAGGAUGGUGCUUCGAUUGCCGUUGUCACAGCCGACUAUGAUCACAUCAUCAGCAAGGCUGUGAUCGGAAAAGAUGAAGACUGGAAGAACUUCAUCAACUACGACUCUGUGAAGUAUACCAAAAUGAUUGGAGAACCGGCGAUGCGCAAUUUGAAGAAGGGCGACAUUAUUCAGCUUCAACGAAAAGGAUUCUACAUUGUUGAUCAAGUCUACAAUCCGAAGUCCGAGCUCAGUGGCGUUGAAACUCCACUUCUUUUGAUUGCUGUUCCGGAUGGUCAUACUAGCAAGGAAGCUGCUCCAACUCCAUCUUCCUCUGGAGUUCCUGCUAAAACCUCCGCUGGAGAAGGCGCUUUUGAAGCUUAUAAGGCUAUUGAGAAGCAAGGUGAUGUUGUUAGAGAUUUGAAAGCUAAAGAUGCGAAGUCUCAAGCCACCAAGGACGCCAUAGCUAAACUUCUUGAGCUUAAAAAACAAUAUAAGGAACUGACUGGAGCUGAAUACAAACCUGGUCAACCACCAAUUACUACUGCUGCGGCUCCAGUUCCUUCAACUUCAACUGGAUCGGGACUCGAAAUCUACAAUGAGAUUGAAGCUCAAGGCAAUUUAGUGCGAGAAUUGAAAUCCAAGGAUGCGAAAUCUCAAGCUGCCAAAGACGCCAUUGCGAAGCUCCUUGAACUAAAGAAGAAAUAUAAGGAAGUUACCGGCGCCGACCACAAGCCCGGAAAUCCGCCAGCCGCUGCUGCAGCUACUACAGUACCAGCUGCUGAGUUGUAUGCUCAAGUUGAAGCUCAAGGGCUUUUGGUGAGAGACUUGAAAUCAAAAGACGCCAAGUCUCAAGCCACCAAAGACGCCAUCGCUAAACUUUUAGAUCUUAAAAAACAAUACAAGGAUGCCACUGGGACGGAGUAUAAACCAGGGAAUGCACCAGGUGCAGCUCCCCAAGUCACCUCAACUGACAUUGCCUCAGCCAUUGACGCUCAAGGCAAUCUUGUACGUGAAUUGAAAUCGAAGGAUGCGAAAUCGCAAACGACAAAGGACGCUAUUGCGAAGCUCCUUGAGCUGAAGAAACAAUUCAAGGAAGCUACUGGACACGAUUACAAGCCGUGUGGUUCCAGCAAAGUAUUUCGGACGAUUCGGGUUCAGGAGGGGACAUCCUGUUAUCGUCUUCUCAACGGAACCCACCAAUUUGGGUGUCAUGCGAACGAUGAGAAUCGAAAUGGGAUUCUUGUAGAAUUUGAUAAUUUGGAAAAUGUUAGAAAUUGUUACAAGCCAAAAUUUCCCAGCUACAACGGAAAAUUUUGGAUAAUGAUAGAGACGACCAAAUUGAACAGAGAAACUAUGGAAGUUGUAAAAGCUUCAAAUUGCACUAGCGGAUUGGUUCUUAUAACCUCAUCGACGGAAUUUUCGAUAUCUGAUAAUGUCAGAGGAUCGCACGAUUCGAAUUGUCCGAACGAAAUGUCAAACGUAUAUUUUCGAGACGAGAAGCAACCAUAUUGCCAAAAUGAAUAUAACGAAGCCGGUGCGAUUCUGCCGAUGGGACUCAGAGAUGUGAAUUGGGGGAUUCAGAUGGUCUACGUGAGAAAUCAGACGGAUAUUAACAUAAUGAAAAAGUGUCAUGCUAUGUUCAAUUCAAAUCAAAACGAGGCGGAAUAUCCAUAUUGUGGAAUGUCCUUUAAGUUGUUCAAUUCGGCUGCAGGCAGCUCAAAAGUUUGCCAUCGAAGGGGGCAGCCCUCUUCAAAAUUAUUCGAAAUGGACAUUGAUACAAACGGUCCUUCUGAGCUGUGUAGUCCAUUAUCCGGUCAAAAUCUGUUCGGUUGGCCAACCCCAUUGAAUAAUUCGGCGAUUUUAACGACGAAGCCGAAAUAUAUGGCGAUUUCGGCUAGGUUGGACAGCUUCGGUGUAAUACCGGAGGUUUCGCCCGGUGAACUCUCCGUUUUGACAUCAAUUAUUUCGGUCAUUGUCGCCGCCCGCACGAUUUCGGACUCGCUGACGAAAUGGUCGGAUGCGUCAUAUUUGUCAAACCGACACAUAAUGUUUUCGCUAUUCAAUGGAGAGGCUUUUGAUUAUAUUGGGAGCAGCGCGGCGGUGAAUCGAAUGAGACACGGAGUCUUCCCUCUUCCGGUCUUGAACAUUUCACAACUUCGCAACAUUGAUUUGGAGCAGAUUGAUUAUGUUGUCGAGUUUCAACAGAUCGGUACAAGAGAAGGGCAUAAAAUGUAUUUGCAUUAUGAUUCGGACCGCGUCACUGCGGAUAACAAGAGAAUCUUUGAAAAAAUCGAGGAUUCGAUGGAAAAAAAUGGUCUGCGAUUGGAUGAAGUCACUAGAGUUCCGCCGGCAAGUUGGCACUCAUUCGCAAAGUUUAACUCAAAAGUUCAAGCAAUUGUUUUGGCUCCUUUCGAGGGACAUUAUAACUAUGGACGCGUCAAUUCUAUGCUCGAUGUGAACAAAUGGGAUGAAGCUUCUAAGCUGAGAGCGAUUAAUGAUAUUUCGGCAUCUGUGAGCGCUGUUCUCGCCGGGGCCGCCGAAUUCGUAGGAUUGACGCCUGACGAUAAGGUCACGAAAGUUGAUAAAACCUUGGUUUCCACACUUUUCAAUUGUUUAGUGGAUUCGAAGUUUUGGUUUGAUUGCGAUUUUAUGAAGAAAUUGAAUGGAGGACGAUUUUACCCAUAUAUGGAUGCGUAUACCAUGAGCGAGAAGUCAACAUACAUAAGUGUUUCGAGCCAAAAUCCGUUCCGUCUAAUCGUUCAUUGGCUUCUCAUUUUUGCAUUGGGAAGCGAUAGUGACACAUUGAACGUGAAGGAUAAAAACAGCUGCCGACACUUAUCUGAGCAUCAAGCGAUUUACGCGUAUGAUUGGCAACCGAAUCCGUAUACGGGCAAUUUUAGCUGCUGGAGAUCGUCAAUUCAGAAUAUUGUGGAACACUCGCCAGCAUUUGAUAUUGAUGAUUAUGACUUCUCGAAUUCGACAUAUUCGACAUGGACGGAAUCAGUAUAUUCAAUUGAAGAUAUCAAAUUAUUCCUCAUUGAGGACAAUUCUUUUGAUUGGAUUUGCCUUUUGGCUGCAAUUCUCGCGCUCAUCAUCGCUAUAUUUUCGAUAGGAAGGUGCGCUGAAUCGACGUUUAUUUUCGACGAAGGAGAACCGAUGGCGGAAAUUGUUAUGGUAGAAGGUGAAAAAUCACUGAAAAGUGAAAGAAAGAAGUGCUACGAGGCCAGAGAUUACUACGAAAAGUGCAUUGAUAAGUAUUUGGACGAGGGAAAGUCGGAAAAGGAAGCAAUUUCCUACUGCAAAAAAGAGCGUAAGAAGUUCGACAGCGAUUGCCCCGCUUCUUGGGUCAGCCACUUUAUUCGAAAACACCAAUUUGAAAGAUAUAAGCAAGAAUUAACUCAGAAAGGAGUUAAUAUCGCCGAUAAAAAUGCUCUUUCUGAAUAG